AUGGACCAGCCUGCACAGCAGGAGCCGGAGGUGCCUCACACAGCACCUGCUCCCGUGCUUGUUCUGCGCAGGGGGCGGCCAGGACCGGACCCCGUCAGGAAGGCCGGAGCCGAAGGCGGCUCCCAGCCGGCCCGGACCCUGGAGGAGGAGAAAGGCCAGGCCUCCCGUCUCAGUGCCCACCCGCCAAGGGCCCCAGGCUGUAGGGGGAGGCUCUGGGUGGGCGAGGUCUGGCGCCAGGCGCUGGGAACUGGCCCAGAUGGCCAGCCUCAGGGUCCAGGUUGCGAUGAUGUUUGCCUUGUGCUUGCCCGUUGCCUGGUGUGUCUGUGCUCUGACUGUCCCCUCUGGGCUGUUUCAGAAGAGGCCGAGCACUGCAGCUUCGGGGCGGGCUCGCUGUCCAGGAGGAGGAAGGCCCUGGCGCUCCGGGAGGAUGGGCCGCGCCGGCGUGCGCACCUGCACAUCGGCAUGCCCCACGACUUCCGCCCCGUGUCCUCCAUCAUUGACGUGGACAUCCUCCCUGAGACGCACCGCCGUGUGAGGCUGUACAGGCACGGCUGCCAGAAGCCACUGGGCUUCUACAUCCGUGAUGGCAUGAGUGUGCGUGUGGCCCCCCAGGGGCUGGAGAAGGUGCCGGGCAUCUUCAUCUCUCGCAUGGUGCCCGGCGGCCUCGCAGAGAGCACGGGGCUGCUGGCCGUGGACGACGAGGUCCUGGAGGUGAAUGGGAUCGAGGUGGCUGGGAAGACGCUGGACCAGGUCACGGACAUGAUGAUCGCCAACAGCCACAACCUCAUCGUGACAGUCAAGCCGGCCAACCAGAGGAACAACGUGGUCCGUGGCAGCCGUGCAUCUGGCAGCUCCGGCCGGUCCUCGGACAGCGUGGCCAGUCGCCACAGCCUGCCGACAGCCCACAUCCUGCAGAACUUGCACCCUGACGAGAUGGAGAGUGACGAGGAGGCCGACGUCGUCCUCGAGGGCGUCCUGGAGCCCCGGCUGGUCCCCAGGCCGCCCCCGGGAAGCCUUGCGCGGGUCAACGGUGCCGGCCUGGCACCCAGACUGCACAGCCCUGGGCGGGAAGGCGGCGGCAGCGUCCACAGGCUGCUCAGCUCUCUCAGGUCCGACCCCCGCCACAGCCUAGCCUUGCCCCCAGGAGGGGUGGAAGAGCACGGGCCGGCGGUCACCUUGUAGGGCCAGGCUGGUACUGGGCAGCCUUGUGGACUGGACACAGCUGCGGGAGUUGUGACCACAGCUAGGUGCGCAGGGAUUAGACAGGUCAACUUCCUGAGGGGAAAUACUUUUUAAAGUUUUAUUCCAAUUUUAAAAUAAGAAAAAUAAUUGUGUACUUCACCCCUCCUUUUUUAUUAUUUUUAUUUAUCCCUCCCUUUUCUCCCACAACCCCACUCUUUAUUUCACCUUACCGACAGCAAUGAAAAAUACUGUCUAUUUUUGUAGAAUUUCUCCACAGAAUACAUGUGCACACACACACACGUGCACACAAACGUGCACAGCCACAGUCUGUCCUAGGCCGGUGGCAGGUCCCAGCACCACUGUAAAGUGGUAGAAAGGAUCUGACCAAGUGCAGAAAAUACUUCGUUUUUAAAUUUUAAAAAUACUUCAUUUCUUAAAUUGAGACUUUAAAAUUACCUUAUUAAAAUAGUCAAAUUCAUGUUUUUAAUCUAACCCACGCAGAAACGCCCUGUGGUGUCAGCACAACGUUUUCACUGUGCUUCCUGCCAACGGUGCUGAUUCUACAAAUGGGCUGGAACGCGGUGAGGAAGUAAGGUGGCAGGAAGGCAGAGGCCAGUUUUUAAGAACAAAUGCACCCAAACCUGUAAUAGGUAUGACUAGAAGAUGAAUUUCACAUUUUCACAUUGUUCAUAGUCAUAUUUCAAAUAGCCAGAUGGGUGCUGAGCCCCAGCGCUGGGAGGAGAGCACUCGCCUCCGAUGGAAUGGCCGUCAGGGGCAGAGGGCCUGUCUCCAGCCUCGGAGGGAGAGUGACGUGGGAAGCAGCCGGCCCUGCGGGAUUGGCAGGGAACGCUCAGCACUGCUGUUUGUGAUCAAAAGCCGGUGCCUCCUCUGAGACAGAGCGAGUCUUUUCCUGCGGACUGAGUGACUCUGAGGGCAGUUUUAGAAAUGUUUCCAGCAGACUUGGUGGCUAAGCGUGCCACGUACCUCCAGACGGUCAUCUGGAUGUAUAGGUUCUGUUCUCUUUGUUUUUAAAUAACAAGUCACAUGGAACUUAAUGAUUUUCAUCACAGAUUAAAUUCAUUGUUGCUUCCUUUUGAUCUUUUAGCCAUAUUGACAUAUUUAGUAAUUUUAAAGGUUUAUUCAUGUUUUAUCCAAUUAAAUUUUAUAUGAAUUGUAUUUUCUGUUUGAAUCCAGUGUCGAGGAGAAAACGUGACACUUGUACUUUGAGAACUAAACUUUGACCCAGUAAAGCUUUCCUGAGAACAUGGGCAAGUCUGCCUUCUGGGGGACCGGGAGCUGUGUCUCCUGUGCCCCAGCACCCCCUGCUGGUCUUGGCAGAACUGUCCGGACUUCAUGGACGUCAGGCUGAUAAAAUGGAAAACUGUAUCUCAACUUAUUUUUCCUAAAUUCAUUAAGUGAAAAGCAAAUUAUUUUUCUUAUGGAAACUAUUUAUUGGGCAGAAAUACCUUAUUGCGUAGUUGUGGUUUCCUGCGCCUGUGUUCUCAUUGUCUGUUUGUUCCCAAGCACAGGGAGACCACAGAUGCCCCCUGAGGUCUAGGGUGAGUCCAGACGCCCCCCGGUUCAUGGGCUCCAGUAAACUGCACGAGUGUCUUGCUUGGCACCCCAGCAGCCGGACGUGCUUUUCACCACGACAAAUGUCUGCUGCCUAGUGACCGUCAGGAAGGAGCUGCUUUUUCACUGAGUUAUUGCUGGGUCGUGAACAUCUUGUUGAGAAACUGGGUCUGUUACCAAGAAGGAAAGUUCUGUUUGUUACGAUGUUUUAAGUUGUUAAGCAAAUGUGAAUAAUUUUUUUAAAGAAAAAGAGGGCUACCGAGAUUUGUGUGCUGUUGUUCAUAAUUUGAGUUGCUGACCUGCUUAGAAGCUGCUUGAGAGCAUUUUUCUACCCAGGUCCACACUUCUGCCAUUGUCUUCUUUAAAAAAACAAACAAAAAAACUAUAUUGUAUUACACAUUAAAGUUUUCUUGGUUUUAUAUAUCAAAGAAUAAAAUCUUUUUGUUUGC